AUGUUUAUUAAAUAUUCUUUACUUUUAAUACACCUACUAUGGAUUUUAUCGAUAAAUGGAAAACCUCUAGUGACUACUUCUCUGGGAAUAUUAAACGGAACUGUACAAAUAGCCAGAUACGGAAAAUAUUUUUCUGCAUUUUUAGGAAUACCAUAUGCCAAACCACCAAUAGGCGAACGUCGUUUCAAAAUACCAGAAUCGCCCACACCUUGGAAAGGAAUACGUCCUGCUUAUUCAUUCAGAGACGCUUGUCCUCAAAAUGACGAUGGAGUAAUAUUUGGAAACGAGGACUGUCUAUUUUUAAACAUCUAUACUCCUUUUUUGAAUUUUCAAAAACCGGUGUCCAAGAAGAAAUUACUUCCAGUUAUGGUUUGGAUACACGGUGGUAGUUUUCUUAUAGGAAGUGGUAAUUCAUACGGACCGGAUUAUUUAAUGGAAAAGAAUAUUAUUCUAGUAACUCUCAACUAUCGUUUGGGAAUUUUGGGUUUCCUAACCACUGGCAAUGCAAUAGCACCUGGAAAUUUUGGUCUCAAAGAUCAAGUUCUAGCUCUUAAGUGGAUUAAAAAAAAUAUCAAAUCAUUCGGAGGAGAUGCAAAACGAAUAACAUUGUUUGGAGAAAGUGCGGCCGGAAUUGCGGUCAAUCUACACGCUAUUUCUUCAGCCAGUAGAGGUCUGUUUAGCAAAUACAUCAUCCAAAGUGGAACCGUUGUAGGACCUGGUGCCUAUCAGGACCCAAAAGACGCCAUUCUUCAUCUCAGAGACCUAGGAGAAUUAUUUAACUGUCCAAUUGACGAUUUACAGAAAAUUGUAAAUUGUCUAAGAAAAGUGAAUUCAAAUGAUUUGGUAAAAUUAACUGCAAUAGGCGAUACAAUAAUGAAAUACGGUCAUUUCAUAUGGAACCCAACUAUUGAAUCUAAUUCCGCAGAUGCAUUUUUAACAGAAAAUCCGUUAACCAGCGUGAAUAAUAAUAAAAUGCAAGAUUUGAAUUUCAUGAGUGGGGCAGUUACGGAAGAAGGUCUAACUUUUACAAGCGGCAAGUAACAAUAAACUUUAGGCCUCGCAUUAGGCCGAAUAAGCAUAUUUUCUCGAAUCUAGUGAAUUUGUAACAAAUCCUUUUCUUAAUCACAGGACCAUAUUCUAAUCACA